UGUCAUUAUUCUAUCGAAGUUUGCCAAUGCUGCAACCAUGCCACUCGUUCUAUCUAUGAAGUGUUUGCCCGCAACACAGGGCAUUGGCCUGCUUAGUUCUCAUAUUUUAAAGCGAUUUUCAUCCUCAAAACGAUGGCAAGCCCGUCAGCUCAAGGAUCGUUUCACAAGGGAAGCAGCAGUGCAGGGCCUAAAAAGCCGCGCGGCCUUCAAGCUCCUCCAAAUAGACGAGAAAUACCACAUCUUUGAGAGCGGACAAACGGUUGUUGAUUUAGGUUAUGCUCCUGGCUCUUGGUCCCAAGUAGCAGUAGCUAGAACGCAACCACACGGCCGUGUCCUUGGCGUUGACAUUAUUCCGGCCCAGCCCCCCAAGGGAGUGUCUACGAUUCAAGGCAACUUCCUCGACCCGAAUAUCCAGGCCUAUGUACGCGAAUUUGUGCGCGACGCCAAUAGGGGUAGACCACAUCCUCCAAGUACGAUUUUGGAUGCCGAAUACGAUGACACGCAGCUCAAAUCGAAUGCGAACGCGAGCUCUGAUAAGCAAACCGACCCCAAGCAAUGGGAUCGCAACUACUCGGUAGAUGUUGUCCUAAGCGAUAUGAUGAUGAACACAAGCGGUAUUAGUUUCAAAGACCAUGCAGGUAGUAUGGAUCUUUGCCACGCAGCUUUGCAGUUCAGCCAAGAAGUUCUCCGCACUGGAGGGCACUUCGUCUGCAAAUUUUACCAAGGAGCCGAAGAUAAGGCCCUAGAGGAACAGCUCAGGAAAUUAUUUCGGAAAGUCCACCGCCUUAAACCGGAAUCGUCGCGCAAUGAAUCCAAAGAAUCUUAUUUCAUUGGUCUCGGUCGAAAAUAGUACCCAGAGUCAGCAUCAAACCGGGCUCAGUCAUAUCUCUUCUGCUGAAUCGAAGUCCUCAUCCCAUUCUACGUCAGCAAGUGAAGCCUCUGCUGUAGCAUGCACCUUGGGAUAUUGUCAGUGAAUUGCCUAAAGCCAAAAAGGACAAGGAAAUCCGGAGGUGGCUGGAGUUCGCAUAACAUAGGACAAGGACAAAAGAAGGGCUAAAUGGAAAGAAUGGAUAAACGAACCUCCUUGAGACCGCUCAGUUC